AGAACCGGGAUCCGGACCGGGAUCAGGAUCAGCAGUACCGGCGGCUGGUGAGCGGCGCGAAGGAGGCUGCGGGCAGCGGGGACCUGGAGGCGGCUUUGCGGCUGUUCCAGCAGGCGGCCGCCAUCCGCCCCAGCGAGAAGCUCCGCGGCCGCAUGCAGCGGCUGGAGGCGGCGCUGGCCCAGCUGGCGGAGCAGGAGGAGGAGGAGGAGGAGGAGGAAGGCCGCUUCGUGGACGUGUGCGGCAGCGGGCUGCUGCUCUACGGGGAGCUGCACGCGAAGCUCUUCCAGCACCAGCGGGAGGGAGUCGCCUUCCUGUACCGCCUGCACCGGGACGGCCGGCCCGGCGGCAUCCUGGCGGAUGACAUGGGUCUGGGUAAGACCAUCCAGAUCAUCGCCUUCCUCUCAGGUAUGUUCGAUGGCGAGCUCAUCCAGCACGUCCUGCUCGUCAUGCCCACCACCCUGGUCGGCAGCUGGCUGGCCGAGUUCGCUCGCUGGACCCCCGGCCUGCGCGUCAAGGAGUUCCACGGCAGCAGCAAGACGGAGCGCACCAGGAACCUGGAGAGGGUCCAGAGGAGGAACGGCAUCGUCGUCACGAGCUACCAGAUGCUCAUCAACAACUGGAAGCAGCUCGCCAGCUGCCAAGAGCAGGAAUUUGUCUGGGACUACAUCAUUCUCGACGAAGCGCAUAAAAUCAAGUGCCCGUCUAACAAAACGACCAAGUGUGUGUAUGCGAUUCCUGCGAAGCAUCGCAUCCUCCUCACGGGCACCCCGCUGCAGAACAACCUGCAGGAGAUGUGGUCCUUGUUUGACUUUGCGUGCCAGGGCUCUCUCUUGGGAACAGCCAAAACAUUUAGAAUGGAGUACGAGAAUCCUAUUACUAGGGCCAGGGAGAAGGAUGCGACUCUAGGUGAGAAAGCACUGGGACUUAAGAUAUCUGAGAAUCUAAUGACAAUCAUAAAGCCAUAUUUCCUCAGAAGAACUAAAGAAGACAUCAAAAAAAGUCACGCUGACAAACCAGAUGCCCCUCUUCCUGAGGAUCCAAGUGAGGCUAGUGCUCCCGUCAUGCCAUCUCUCACUAGGAAAAAUGACUUUGUUGUGUGGGUGUACUUGUCUCCAACGCAGGAGGAAAUCUACAGGAACUUUCUCUGUCUAGAUCACGUGAAAGAAGUGCUGAUGACAACCCGAUCACCUUUGGCUGAGCUGACUGUCCUGAAGAAGCUGUGUGACCACCCCAGGCUUCUGUCCGCAAGAGCGUGUACCCAGCUGGGCUUAGAUGGACAGGAAUGCUCAGAGCAGGAUCAUGGCAGCGAAGCAGGUGUGCUCUCAGGUGCCAACAAAAUAGAUCAUCUGUCUGAUGAGACCCUGAUUCGGGAGUCUGGGAAAAUGCUGUUCCUUGUAGGGCUUCUAGAAAGACUGCGAGAGGAGGGGCACCGAACUCUGGUGUUCUCGCAGUCGAGGAAGAUGCUGGAUAUCAUCGAGCAGGUUUUGUCUCGCAGGCAGUUUAAGAUCAUGCGUAUAGACGGCACAGUGACCCACCUGACAGAACGGGAGAAGCGCAUCAGCGCCUUUCAGCGUAACAAGGACUACUCCGUCUUCCUGCUGACGACGCAAGUCGGUGGUGUUGGCAUAACCUUAACAGCAGCCAACCGAGUGGUGAUCUUUGAUCCCAGCUGGAAUCCAGCUACAGAUGCUCAGGCUGUAGACAGGGCUUACAGGAUUGGGCAAAAGGAGAAUGUCGUGAUUUACAGGCUGAUUACCUGCGGUACAGUGGAAGAGAAAAUAUACAGGCGACAAGUAUUUAAGGAUUCAUUAAUAAGACAGACUACCGGUGACAAAAAGAACCCGUUUAGAUAUUUCUCCAAGCAGGAACUAAGGGAGCUUUUCACACUGGAAGACACCCGGACAUCCACAACUCAGAUCCAGCUGCAGUCUUUGCACGCCACCCAAAGAAAGACGGACCUGCAGCUGGAUGAACACAUCGCUUAUUUACACUCUCUGGAAAUGUUUGGCAUUUCUGAUCAUGACUUAAUAUUUACGAGAGAAAUUACUCACGAGGAGCAGGCUGAGAAUGAAGAAGCCCAUCAGUACAUUCAAAAGAGGGUACAGAAAGCCCACGAGCUAGUUCAGUUAGAGUCUCAGCUUAGAGAUAUGAGGAUGGAGGGGAUCAGAAAUGCUGCGGAGGAGGCUUGGUCAAGACCACCAGAACUGGCUUCCCAGGCAAAGAAGAGGUCUCCAGGGCUGAACAACAUAAGUAACUUGGUUUCACCACCAGUAGCUGAUAAAUGUGAAAAUGACAAAGUCAUUGAUCUUACGGAGGACGUGGAGGUCCAGAUUCUUGACGUCAGCAAUAAAAUGACAAGUCUGACUGUUGAUGAGUUGGGUGAUGAGAAACUGGGACAAGCGAUGUCCAGUUCGGAUACAGAGCUGCUUACUAGCAGCAAGAUAGAGGAACAGCCCGAUACACAAGGGUCUGAGCAAAAUCUGGACUCAAGCAUUAUGCCAUUGUCACCUGGACUUUGUCCACCUGAUAAAGAGAGCCCGAGUCUCAAACAGAAGCAGCGUUCUCCUGUUCCCCAUGUAAAUUCGGUUAGCUUGACUGAGGCUGGGGAUGGCUUUUCUGGGCAUUCUCAACAUUUUGCUAAUGAGUCUGGUGUGGCUGACCAUCCCAAAAGGUUAAAAGAUGCAGAAGUGUCAGUUCAAGUACUUGACCCACUUGCUGUCUCAGAGACAGAGGGGACUGACGUUCCCGAGCUAGCUUUAGCUGCCACGCCACCAAACCUACCAAAUGUUAUGCCAGAAGUCCAUGCUGGGAUCCAGAAGUCUCAUGUGGUGGAAGCCAGCUUGGAGGAAAUGUCUGUGCCAUCUCUCCAGGAUCAAAUCGACUUCAAUCUGGUCUUGGAAGAGUCUGAAGAUGGAUGGCAGGAUGCCUCAAGUGGGGAAAGAUCACUGGAGCACCCAGAAGAUGAGGGCUUGCAACUAAAAACAGCAAGUCUUUGUAAAUCUCCAGCAAAAAGUUUGGUAAGUGAGAAUGGUAACUCUGGAAGCCCCUGCCAUGCAGCUGAAGAAGAUCCAAACAACUCCUUGCAAGGGAGUGAAGCAUCAGAGGAAAACAGUGCUAUCGUCAUUUCAGGCAGAAGAAAGAAGUGCGUGAAAAGAAUUGUUUCAGAUAGUGAGGAUGAGGGCUAUUCUGUUAUGAUCUCAGAGGAAGAGCAGUCUCAUAAAAAGUCCUCUCCCUUGAGCACCCCUCUGCAUCAAUUUCUGGAAGGAAUGACUGCAUCUACUCCUAAAAGCAACAGGAGUCUAACAAAAGCCAUUUUUUCUCCCAAAUUAACUAACAGUGGUAACAGGUCUACAGCUUCCAGGAGAUCUCUAAUCAACAAGGUGGUAGAUGAGGUUGAGGAUAUUGGAGAAAUGAUGGGAACCACUGAUGAAGAAGAAAACAGUGAUGAGGAGCAAGAAGAUCUUGUGGAAGAAGAAGCAGAAGAGUGUAGUGCGGAGUCUGUUGAGCCUGAAGAAGAACCUGCUGGAGAAACGCUUAAUUCAACUGAAGAGUCCUUCCAUCUAGAGGGCGAGCAGUCCGAAGCAGAUGAGACAGAGUCAUCUCAGGAGGAAUCCACCGGUGAUGCUGAGCUUCAGUCAGGUGAGCAGAUAGAGUACUGCACCAAGGAAACGGUCUCUGAGAAAGAGGGCGGUCAGAAUUCCUCUCCUUCCUUAGGUAUUUACGGUACCUUGGUAGACAGAGGGAAGAAACUUAAGGAUGACGGAAACCUACAAGAGGCACUGAACUGUUUCCUACAAGCUCUUGACAUAAAGAGUGGAGAUCCUGAAGUUAUGCUUAUGACUCUAAACUUGUACAGACAGCUAGCCCAGAAAUGAAACCUGUUACCUUUGUUAAAUAGUUAAAUGUACUCUCUAUACCUUUGUUAAAUAGUCUCACUUCGUUUGUCUAUGCCACAUCACUGAUUCUUUUUUCUAAACUUUAGAUGGCUGAAAUAAAUAAGUAUUUCUUUCAGGUUAUGUAACUUUCUGUCACGGCUAGUGAGCAAAUCCAGCAUCUCUUCCUGUGUGAAGAAGCAGCCUAAGGAGCCCUUAGUCACAUUUCAAGUGCUGGGAAAGGGACGUCACUGUGGACUCAGCUAAGAUGAAAACAGUUCAUGGUUCUU